CAUUUUAAACGUUAAAGUUUGAAUGGAUGUCGGUUGCUUUUUCAAAUUUAAAGUCGAAAUCAAGUACAUUACAACGUAUAUUAGUGAAAAUUACCAUUUUCUGCCAAUCUCUCUAAAGUGCAUCCUAUUUUAAACUGAAUACGUUAACCUGAAUAGGAGGAUAUAACGCCAAUGAACUAAAAUGAGUGAUACUCCAUUCAAGACCCCCUUAAGCCACCACAAAUAUCAGAAAUCUCGUCAUGCCACUCCAUCCUACACACCUCAGACCAUGUCUGAAAAGUCCGAUAGUGAAGAGAGUACCGCCUCAGAAGGUUCUUCAGCUUACACAGGAUCAUCUGAUGAUCUUACAGUUGUGGCGAUGUUUGAUGACUUAAUUCGCCUAGUGAAGUAUCAACAUGAUAACAAAUUGGAGGAAUCAUUUACAAAUUUUGCUGAGGAGACCAAGAAGUUGUUUGGCAAAUAUUGUGAAAUGCACGAGGAGUGCGAAAGGUUGAGGAAUAUGUUGGAUUUAAAAACUCAGGACUGCGCUGAGACUGAAAGGAGGUUGAAAACUGCUAGAGUGAUUUUGGAUAAAGAGAAGAAGAAUACCCAUAAAGUGUUAAAAGAAAAGGAGGAAUUGGAAGAGCAACUGGAGCAAGUAAGAGAUUUACUUUUCAAAGAUAACAAGGUAAGAAUAGGAGAGGAGGCAAAAGAAAAACUAUCAUUUCUUCAUAGAACUCGAUACAGCACUGAGCCCAAUGGUUUUAAUAUAAAUAACAACUUGAGUUGCAUACAAGAAAUAAAUUCAACUGGUUCAAUGCUUUCAGAUUUCAGUGUAUCCCGGUCAGAAGAUGACCUGGAUGUCUCUCGCACCUUGAAAGGAGGCAAAGGCUGGAAAAAGCACAGGCCAAGUGCAGCAGGUGACUUAGAUCCUCCUCAAAAGAAGCGAAGAUCUUCUAGCAAAAUGUUUGAGGUUGGACCCCAAGACACUGUCAGGGCAACCACCACAGUCACAGUAACAAAAAAAGGACCAAUUAGGGCAACAUCUGUCAUCGAAUCAAUUCCCAGAACAGAAGAGACUAAUUCAAAUGAGCGCGGAACAUCAAGUGAUGAUGGAAUUGGAUCAACUGCCCCGAGUGCACCCCCGCCCCAUUUAGUCUUUGAGGCAUGGGAAAAACAGUCAACUCCCGGUCGGAAUACACAAACCAAAUCGGACCUUCGGCAGCACACUCUCCAACAAAAAACCAUGGUUAUGCCCGAUUCGUGUGUCUGUUGCGAAAAACGAAUCAGAUUUGGUAAAACUGCCCUAAAGUGUAAAGAGUGCAGGUCACUAUGCCAUUACGAGUGCAAAGACCAGCUACGUCUUCCGUGUGUACCAACUGGAAACACCCCGAGCAAUAAAAACGUUAUGGCAAGCAAAUUUGAAAUGCGUUUUAAAGGUUUUUUUUGUUAUCAUUUCUUUUUGCAGAGUGUUAUAAGUGAUUAUACGCCGACCAGUGCCCCAAUGGUGCCUGCCUUAAUAGUACAUUGUACCAAUGAAAUCGAAUCGAGGGGGCUCAAUGAACUCGGGUUAUACAGGGUGUCAGCUUCAGAAAAAGAUGUAAAAGUACUUAAGGAAAAAUUCCUCAAAGGUCGAGGCGCGCCGUCAAUAAGCCAAACGGAUGUUCACACCCUUUGCGGUGUAGUAAAAGAUUUUAUCCGAUCAUUAGCGGAACCCUUAACAACGUACGCCCUAUGGCCAGAUUUCGUAGCCGCAGUAGAAGCAAAAGAUCCCAUAGACGUCUUGCCAUCCAUCUAUCAAUGCAUUUCGGCACUGCCCCAGCCGAACCGCGACACUUUGGCUUAUCUGGUUUUACAUUUACAAAAAGUCGCAGAAUCUCCCGAGUGUAAAAUGCCGAUUGAAAAUUUGGCCAAAGUGUUUGGUCCGACCCUGGUUGGGUUUUCAUCGGAUAAUCCGAACCCUGAUAGUUUGCUAACGGAAUUGAGAUUGCAAAUUGCUGUGGUGGAGCAACUGAUACGUUUACCUGCGGAUUAUUGGCUGACGUUCGUCAAUGUGGCCAAUCAGCAGCAGCAGGGAAGUCGGAUGCAACAGACGCCCAGCACGGAUUCUCUGUUGCGCCCCAACGGUCGGUUCUUUACUCCUAGCAGGGCCAGAUCGGCGAGAAAAAGACGCUUUGAAACCCCACCGGCCUAUAAAAUCGAUUAAAUCAAGGCCUAUUUUAAGCAUGUAUGAAUGUAAACUCAUGCGAACAGCUUACUUUGGCAUACGUCACAGGCUUUUUUUUUAAAAGUUGUCUGGACAAGCCAGUCAAUAGAGAGGAUUGUCGUUCUGUUUUUGCUUGACUGGGUUUUCAAACUCUCCCAUCACUGUACAUUAUUGAGAAUGUUAUUUACAUAAAGCAAAAUAAGAACAACUUUUGCACAUAUCAGGAUGUACACUUGCUGACAAUUUUGGUAGCUUUCUUGCUUUCAGAACUAACUAAUUAUUUGUAUUUAUGGAUACUGUACAUUGUGUUAACUUUAAUUUAUUGUUUAUUAUACGAAAUUAAAUUUUUUUCCUUUGC